GUUAGAUGAUUACAAGCCAGCAAUGGCCAUGAUUGGAUUACAGUUCACUUACGCAGGAGUUUCUGUCUCUGCUAGAGCUGCUCUUUUGAAAGGAAUGAGCCCCAUGGUGUUUGUGGUCUAUAGGCAAGCCAUAGCUACCUUGGUCAUGGCUCCCAUGGCUUAUUUCACAAG